UUGGAGAGUUAAAUAACGUCACCUUUUGCGUUGACUAGGUAUGCUUAAGUACAACUAUUCACAAGGACACUCGCGCGUAUGAAGCAGAGACUACAGAGCUUUCUUCGCCGAGCAUGGGCAUCUCCGCACCGUCGGUGAACCUUGGCAAUAUGUGGCCUGGCGGAUUUGGAUGCCAUGUUAAGGAUGAGAUUCGCACAUUCAGACAAAAAUUAUGGAAAAUAUGCAGGGUUGGCUGUUCAUGGCAUGCUAAUCCUGAGCAACCGGAUUCUCGGACGGAUGAAGCGGAACUGUUGAAGCGCAAGAAAUGUGUCGCCGUAGCGGUCUGGACCGCCUCGGGGGCUUGCCGAAGGGGACACCCGAAUCUAAUCCAAUUGUCAGACCACGGUCUCCUGCUUGAGGCUGCUUCCAUCCUGCUUCCAUCCCUGGAUUCACCCCCCAUUCUAGACCUUAGCUGCGCCAUCCACAUUCCACGAACGGAGCCACGAGGGUGCAAGGGGUCAACCAGGGGGGUAGAGGCUCCAGGACACGCAAAGCGAAGGAAGAAUCAGUCGACGAUCCUCCAAAGAGACCAAGUCGCCGAGGAGCAUCAGGAGAGUCUAGAACCAUCUGUGUACAUCUGCGAUCGAUGCCUCCAUGAUACACUUACUCCCCGAGUCGCUCGGCGCAUACCGGAGUCCGGAGAAAGGCCUUGUCUUCUCCCCGAACGUUUCGUCGCCUCCAUCAAUCAGCACCCGCGAUGGAUAGCCGCGAUGGAUAGCCGAUUCGCUUGAUGUUCAGGUUCUUGCCUGUCACACGCGAAGAAAUGGCCAGUUUUUUUCGAAUCUGCCAGAGAGCAGACUAGCACCACUCCCGUAUCCGCGCCUGUAUUCACGUGAAACACAUACGCGGAACCACCCGCGGAGGUCGACGUCCGACAACUUCCCUCAUUUCCAGCAUGAAGAAUAAAAUUAAUCCACUUACUUCUGAUGACCUCUGAACGGUGAAGUCGCGCGAAUUUUCGCUUCCCCAAGUUCCCUUUCAGUCUGUUCCACGAAAGCUGUGGUGGUGACUGUUGAGUCCGAUUCAGAUACUUUGGUUCCUUGUUCGUUGUAUUCGUGGAGCACAACAAUCAA